AUGUCUUCUACCACCACGACCACGGCUCCCCCAGCCGUACGCAUCCAAAGGACGGAUCCCAUGAAGUCGACAUGGAGACGAGGCGACCGACGUACAUGGAAAAUUGGCAACUGGAUCAUCGAGCGACUUGGGUUGUACCACGAUGAGCUGGACCAGCCGGCACCCGUCCACACCAAACAAGAUGCUGUGCCAUAUGUCCCACAUUGGCAAUACCAUCGGUGGAUUCUUCUCCAUGCGACUAUCCCCCUCCUCAUUCACCAGGCGUUCGUGUCCAUGACGGGAUGGACCAUUCAUCCACUGGCAGCCUUUGUAUAUUAUAGUUUUGCCAUCAAAGUCAUCGCCAUUCACCAAAUCAACACCAUGCGGGGACUCGGGCAGCGCUAUGGCUACCUCGACGGUGACAAACACGAACGCGACGGCGUGCCGGAUCAAAGCGUCAAAGCGGUCCUGGAGUCCCUCAUCUCGACAGCGACGUUCAGGUCAAUGAUGGCCGUCAUCUUGGCGUACCGAAGUCACGAGUCGCCCAUGACGGUCAACUGGAAGCUUCUGCCAUUGGAGAUCGGGCUCUACGGCGUGGUGCUCGACUUCUGGUUUUACUGGUACCAUCGCCUCAUGCACGAGGUUGAUUCCUUGUGGAAGUAUCACCGGACUCACCACUUGGCCAAACACCCGAACCCUCUGUUGACUCUGUUUGCGGAUAGUGAACAAGAGUUCUUCGACAUUGCUUUCAUUCCCUUUUUGACUUGGGCGACUCUCCGGCUCCUUGGACUGCCGAUGGGCUUUUACGACUGGUGGUUCUGUCAAGAAUACGUCAUCUUCACCGAGUUGAUUGGGCACAGUGGACUGCGCAUCUAUGCCACAACUCCGACUCCCUUUGCGAGGCCUCUGCAGUGGCUUGGGUGUGAGCUGGUUCUGGAGGAUCAUGACCUGCAUCAUCGAAAGGGGUGGAAAACCAGUGGGAAUUACGGCAAACACACGAGACUGUGGGACCGUAUCUUCGGGACUUGCAUGGAGCGGAUAGAAUGUGCAGACGGCGCCGCGGACUACACGAACACGGUGGUGAUACCUCUGCUCUAA